AUGGGAUUUCGAGACAUACAAGCUUUCAACUUAGCUAUGUUAGCUAAACAAGUUUGGAGGUUGAUACACCAUACACACUAUCUCUUUUAUCGUGUAUACAAAGCACGGUACUUUCCAAAUUGUUCCUUCAUGGAGGCAGAGAUUGGACACAACCCAUCUUUUGUGUGGCGGAGUUUGGUGGCUGCUAGAGAGGUGAUAAUGGAAGGAUUUAGAUGGAGAGUGGGGAAUGGGACGCAGAUUCGGGCAGAGUCACGGAAUUGGCUGUCCCAUAAGCCAAUUUUUAAAAGGCAGGAAUGGCUGAACCUACGAGUGGGAGACCUGAUUGAUGAUAGAGCUUAG